AUGUUCUCGAGGGCAGUCGAGGCCAACAAGGCCGCCCCGGCCAAACAGUCGCUUUCCCAGCAGCUAUUCCCCUCCAGCAGCCCGUCGCCCGCGCCAGGGAAGCGCGUCGAGAACACCAUUGACGGCAUGUUCACCAAGAAACCGCACGCGCCGGCCGCCAAUGGCCCUUCGAGAUCCACCACAACCACCAAGCCGCUUCAAAGUCAUCCGCUAAACGUUCCUCCGUCCGCCCCCCGCAAUCCCAACGGAAAGUCGCUCGCAUCGCUUUACGGAAGGUCAGACUCGUUCAAGGAGGAGCCCGAGGUAGUCGAUCUCCGAGAUGAUACCCCUCAAUACACAAACAAUACUGCACAAAUAAUUAGCAUAGAGUCGUCCUUUGCCCUGGAUGAGGCCGACUUUAGCAACGACGAAGAUCUUGAACUAGACUUUCAACCCGCGACCGCCCUCCCUGCAAUUCCAUCUCAGCAACACCAGGCCACGGCCGAGAACCGCGACGCGCACCCCCCAGCAAGCAAUACAAGCGCGCUUUCUUGGCCAGAUUCCUCUCCUUCACACCUCCGGCCCCCAUCUCCAGGAACCGCCGCCCUUCCUCCGCAGAAUUCAAGCAAGCGGGCCUCUCCUGGCGAAGACGACGACCGGGCGCUCUCGGCACCAAAAAAGACAAGACGGGAGCUACCCGGGAGAUGGAGCACACUAGAGUCACUCGAGAAUACGUACGGUGCUGCUGCCGCGACACCAGCUCCUAAGAAGAAGGAGGAUGGGCUGUGGAAUACCAGUGCUAGCGCUGUCGGGGAACGAAAAAAACAGCUGAAAGCACAACUUAAAGAAUCCGGAAAAGGGGAGGCCUCAGUGGAUGACAUGCAAGAGGCCGUUAAGUCGCACACCGUCAAAGCCAAGGCUACGGCCAUCACCCUCAGCAACGAGCAGCGCCAUGUCAAGUCUCUUGUUGUGGAUAAGGGCCAAAGCGUGUUCUUCACCGGUCCUGCCGGUACCGGCAAGUCGGUGCUCAUGCGGGCCAUCAUUCAGGAACUCAAGAGAAAGUAUUCAAAAGACCCCGAGCGGAUUGCCGUCACAGCCUCGACCGGCCUAGCCGCCUGCAACAUUGGCGGUAUGACUUUACACAGCUUUUCGGGCAUCGGUCUUGGUAAAGAAGACACCAAUACGCUGGUUAAAAAGAUCAGGCGAAACCCCAAGGCCAAGACUCGGUGGCUUAAGACCAAAACUCUCAUCAUCGAUGAAGUCUCCAUGGUUGACGGGGAGCUUUUCGACAAGCUGUCCCAAAUUGGCAGGAUCAUCCGGAACAAUGGGCGACCCUGGGGCGGCAUCCAGCUCGUCAUCACUGGUGACUUCUUCCAGCUCCCGCCUGUCCCAGAGGGCGGCAAGCAGAGGGAGUCCAAGUUUGCGUUCGACGCUGCAACAUGGAGCAUGUCGAUCGACCAUACGAUUGGGUUGACAGAGGUUUUCCGUCAGCGAGAUCCCGGUAUGCCAACCCCCCAAACCUUGAGUGGGAAGUCGUAUCGCUACGAUGCGAAGGAUACGGGCGAUGACAAAGUCCGGGACAGGCUCCUGGCCAACAUGAUGGCGCCUCCCACCAUCGAAUUGAAAAAGGGCGCCCAGGUCAUGUUGAUCAAAAACAUGGAUGAGACGCUCGUGAACGGUUCGCUGGGGACCGUGGUGGGGUUCGAGUCGGAGGCUACUUUCGAAAUGAGAGGCGGCGAAGACGACGACGACGACGAUUCAGAAACGAAGAGGCGAGCCCGGGUGUUUGCCAACGCUCUCGCCCAAGCCGCCAAGGGCAGGGAUAACACCGAAUACCCCGUGGUGGCCUUCCACGCCGUCGACGGCACCCAGCGACGUAUCCUCUGCGUAGCCGAAGACUGGAAGGUGGAACUCCCGACCGGCGAGGUACAGGCGUCACGCAGGCAGCUCCCCUUGAUCCUGGCGUGGGCGCUGUCGAUCCACAAGGCCCAGGGGCAGACCCUGGAGCGAGUCAAGGUCGAUCUCGGCAAGGUGUUUGAGAAGGGGCAGGCCUACGUCGCGCUCAGUCGCGCAACGUCAAAGGAGGGCCUCCAGGUGCUCAACUUCCAGAAGACAAGGGUGAUGGCGCACUCGCGCGUGGUGGAAUUCUACGACAAGCUCUAUAGCGUUGAGGUGGCGCUCCAGAAAAAAGCGGCCGGGCCGAUUACGAAUUAUACGGUCAAGCAGCCGGUACCAGCUGGCGCCUCCUCCUGA